AAAUCACUGCUAUGGUGCAGAGUUUGUGUGAACUUUGAAGGGAGGUGUUUGCUGAGUGGCUCCCAGUGCCUCAGGCUCCCAAGGCUUUGGCCACAUCAUCCCUGCAGGUCUGAGCAAGGGCAGAUGGGUGCAGGUAAGGACCCCAGGCAGCGCAGGGCAACAGAUGCAGCAGGAUCGGACCCUUCACCCUGGGGUUCCUACAGCUACAGGACACGUGUGGAUCUGCCUUGAGCCUCAUCCCUUCCCCUUUGGGAAUCUCCUCCUCGCGCAGGAGCCCAAGGAUGACUCACGUGGCGCUGGCACCACUCACAUGCACCGGGCAAUGCGAUCCUGCCGUGGGCAAGCACCGGCAGCACCGGCCUCGGCGGAGGACACCCCGCAGGCUAGCUAACAGGAUCGGGGGACCAUGAACUGGGAUCUGUUCGAAGGGCUCCUCAGUGGGGUCAACAAGUACUCCACAGCCUUCGGCCGCAUCUGGCUCUCCCUCGUCUUCAUCUUCCGCCUGCUGGUCUACGUGGUGGCAGCCGAGCGGGUCUGGAGCGACGACCACAAGGACUUUGACUGCAACACGCGGCAGCCUGGCUGUACCAACGUCUGCUUCGACCACUUCUUCCCUGUCUCCCACAUCCGCCUGUGGGCCCUGCAGCUCAUCCUGGUGACCUGUCCAUCCCUGCUCGUCAUCAUGCACGUGGCAUACCGGGAGGCCAAGGAGCAGAGGUACCGCGCUGCCGGCGGGGACAACGGCCGCUGCCUGUACCCCAACCCCGGCAAGAAGCACGGUGGGCUGUGGUGGACGUACAUGCUCAGCCUGGUCUUCAAGGCCGGCGUGGACAUCGUCUUCCUCUACAUCUUCUACCACUUGUACAGGAACUACACCCUGCCCCGGCUGGUGAAGUGUGAGCUGUCCCCUUGCCCCAACAUGGUGGAUUGCUUCAUCUCCCGGCCCACCGAGAAGAACAUCUUCACCCUCUUCAUGGUGGUCACCACCUGCAUCUGUAUCUUGCUGAGCCUCAUCGAGGCCACCUACCUCAUUGGCAAGCGGUGCCGCGAGUGCGUCCUGGCCGGCAGCGGGGACAGCCAGGACUGCUCCCCAUCCAGCGCUGAGCCCAUGGGCAUGGAGGGGCAGGUUUUCCAUGGGGUGGACUACAAACCCCCCACAGCCUCCAUCCCACACAUGGCCUCCAGCCCUGAGCAGCCGCCCGAGGAGGAGACUCUUCCCUAGAGCAUCCCUUGGGCAGCUCUAGGAGAAGCCUUCAUCCCCCUUCUCUUCCUCUUCCUCCUCCUCCUCUGUCCCGCUGGUGCAGGAGCACUGGGGUGGCAGCAGCUUGGGUUCAGGCUCUGCCCGUGGGCUCUGUGUCCCUUCCGUCCUGGGGAGGGCACGUUGUGUUGUUCUGAUGAACUUGGGGUACAACCAGGUCCUGUGGGACAUGUGCAGUCCCCAAGAGCCCACAGGGACAAGCAGCUCUGUGAUGGGCAGCAGUACCCAGAGGUUGAGCUGGUCCUGGGGGUAUCCUUGCAAUGAAUAGAAAUUCCUAUCCCUUAGAAGUGAUGACCAGCGCAGUUCUUCUGCUCCUUGGGCAUAAUCCUUGGAUCAUAAUCCAAGAGCAUCCACCCCUGGAAAGGCAUCGCUGCCACAGGCAGCUCCAGGCUGGAUUUGGAGCAGCAGUGACAAACCAAAGCUCAUCCUUGUGCCCAGCUG